AUGCAAUGCACCUGGAACCUUUCAGCGUUGUAUGAUGAAAAUCUUCAAGUGGAUAAGGCCAAAGUGGAUGUGAUCUCGAAGCUACCCUACCCUACGAAUCAGAAAGAAGUCAGAGGAUUCCUGGGGCAUGCAGGAUUCUAUAGAGGAUUCAUCAGGGACUUCGCGAAGAUUGCGCAGCCGCUUACUCAUCUCCUUCACAAUAAUGUGGAAUUCGUCUUUAAUGAAGACUGCAAGAAGGCAUUUCAAAUGUUGAAGGACAAGCUUGUCUCUACUCCAAUAAUCAGAGCACCAGAUUGGAAUCACCCCUUUGAGGUGAUGUGUGAUGCAAGUGAUUUUGCAGCAGGAGAGCAGCAGGAGCGCAGCAGGAGCGCACCUGGGUCAGAGGAUCGAGGGGAAGAGUUAUGUCAUUUUCUAUGCCUCAAAGACCCUCAACCAGGCUCAAAAGAACUAUGA